AUGGAGUGUGGAGAGCAGGCGGGCACGGGCGCAGGUUUGGGCCAGGCCACUCUGCCCGCUCCAGGGGCCCUCACUGUCUCCCCCCGGCCCCCUGCCAUGCUGACCGUGGUGGUGGAAGUGGAGCUGAGCAGGGAUUCAGGCUCUGGGACCUGUGGCCCCACCCUCCUUCCAGAGGGGCUCAGGAGCCUCCGUCUGCGUCAGCAGGGGACUCUGGAGACUCAGGAGGCAGAGCAGGAGCUGCUGGCACGAGUCCAGGCCACCCUGGGCUCCGUGAGCCAAGGGUACAGUGUGGCCCUGCUGCUCCGUGGCCGGGAAACCGAGGCACCCCGACUUGUGCCUCAGCUGCUGCACCUGCUGUUUGAAGAAGCUCAGCCACUCAGCCACUCAGAUCCUGUGCUCAGUACUCUUAGCCUGGUGCAGCUCAGCCCCAGCGGGAGGACCAGGGACCUGCUCUCCCCAGCGACGGAGAACCUAUCAGUGCUGGACGUGGCCCCUCUGGGCUUGGUGGGGGAAGGUGCCAGUGAAGUGGCGGUGUCUGACUCGAGGGCUGCCUCGGAACUGUACUUGCAGGCCACAGCUAGGGAAGGCAGAGACUGCCCCCUGCUGCAGGUACUGGCUGGUGAGGUGACUGGUGAGGAGGUGGAGGGCUGUCUGCCCUGGAUUGUCUCAAGGCUCCUGGAAGGAAACAACUACAGUGGCCUACUUCUUCGCCUGGACCCCCAAGGCACCUCUUUGAGCUUGCUCCAGGCUGCUUUGUUGGGGGCCUCGGAAAGGAGGAUGCAGGCAAAACAGGUGAGGCCCACCCUGUGGGAUGCAGUAGAAGAGGCCAGGGUCCGCAGGGCUGGCCUGAAGACUCUGCGUUUAGGCCUCCUUGGGGACACACUGACGGAGAGCCGGCUUAGCCAGCUGGGCAAGGCCCUGCGGGAACUACAGGUGGUAAAAGCCUGGAGUCAGCCCCUGAGAAGCCAGACAUUCCAAAGGGCCAGAGCUGAGGCUGGGGGGCUCCCAGAACCACAGGUCAAAAGCGAACCACUGAAGUAUUUUAACCAGGGAAGACAACAAUGUUCCUACGGUUCAGCAGCAAGAACAGCAACUCUAGGAUCUGGGCUCCCCCCACAGCACCCUCGUGGGGACACUGAGGAACAGGCCCAAAAGGCCCCAGAUGUGGCCUUGCAGUUCUUCCUGGCCCAGGCUCGGAGGCAGAGACUACGAGAGCAGCACCAAAUUCGGAUCCAAGAGGAGCUGAAGCGUUUGGAACAAGAGGAGAAGGAGGUGGCAAGUGAACAGGACAAAGACCUGAUGACUGAAGAGGCCUGCGAGGCGAGGCAGAGGUGGCGCCGGGAGCAGACAGUGCUGAGGCUCCAGCUGGGUGCCCUGCAGGCAGAGCGGGACGGCGCAGAGCAGGACCUGGCAGCUCUCUAUGACCUGCACGUGCAGGCCACCCAAGCUCAGACAUGCCACAUGCUGCAGGUAUUCCGAGCCUGGCAGAGGCUGUGGGAGGAGAAGGCCGUGACUACAGAGCGCCAUCAUCGCAGCCUGCUGGCUGGUGUCCUGCAAGACAACAUCAAGCUGGCUACACAGAAUCAGGAGCUCCAAGCCCAGAACUGGCAGUUCCGGCAGGGAACAGACUAG